CUGAAAGUAACACUUCCUAAAGAACCCUGCCACAGUCAGAGGAUGCAUACAGAAGAAGAACAAAGACCUUGAUCACAUGAAUGGCUCCGAAAAUGGACAUGGCUUUUGUUAAAAAGCAUCUGUUUUAUACUUUGGAGGAGCUGGUUGAUGAAAAUCUCAGGACUUUUCAGUUUUUUCUUUACAGUAAUGAAGUUGAAGGAUUCAGGCGCAUUCCAAAGUCUCGGGCUCAUGGUCUGGACAGGGUGGGUACUGUGGAUUUGACGGUGCAGACUUAUGGCUACGAAGGUGCUGUUACUGUUUCUGUGGGAAUACUAAGGCAGAUGGGCUUUAAUCAGCUGGCUGAUGAAUUAGAUGAAAAGUGUAAAGAAGUUACAAGCAGUCAAGCAGGCAAAGCAGAAACUGACCUGCAUAAAAUCAGAGAGCGACUUCAAUCCACAUUGAAGGAGAAGUACCAAAACAUUUAUGAAGGGAAUGCAGAUGAAGGGGACACUAUAUACCUAAAAAAAAUCUACACAGAGCUGCACGUGAUUGAAGGAGCCUGGGGAGGCUUCAGUGAAGAACAUGAAGUUGUACAAAAGAGGACCAAGCAUGUGGGAACAGAAGAAACCCCAAUUAAAGCGAGUGAUAUCUUCAAACCCAAGCCCAAUCAAGAGAAGCGAAUCAGAACGGUGCUUACACAGGGUGUACCUGGAAUGGGAAAAACUGUCUGUGUACAGAAGUUUACUCUAAGUUGGGCAGAAGGAGAAGAAAACCAGCACAUCACUUUCCUCUUUCCACUUCCUUUCCGAGAACUGAAUCCCAUCAAAGACGAAAAAGCCUACACUCUGAUACAACUCCUUCACCAGUUCUUCCCAGAGAUAAAAACUCUUGAGAAGCUGGAAACAGAACACAAAGUUCUCUUCAUCUUUGAUGGACUUGACGAGACUCUACUCCCUUUGGACUUUAAGCAUAACAAAGUCUUGAGAGACCAGACGGAGCCAGCAUCACUCGAUGUGCUGAUUACAAACCUCAUCACAGGAAAUCUGCUUGGCAACGCAUUUAUCUGGAUCACCUCCAGGCCCCCUGCAGUCAAGAAGAUUACUAGAAAAUACAUUGACCAGUGGACAGAAGUGAAGGGUUUUGCAAAUGGCCAGUGGGAGGAGUACUUUGAGAAGCGUUUUAGCAAUAAUAACCUCUCUACCAGGAUUAUCAAUCAUGUGAAGUCAUCAAGAAGCCUUUACAUCAUGUGCCAAAUACCAGUUUUCUGUUCAAUCACUGCCACUGUAUUGAAGAAAAUGCUACGAGACAAUGUGACUGGAAGCAUGCCGAACACCCUGACUGAGAUGUAUGUGCAUCUCCUUCUUUCUCAGACAGACAAAAUGGUUGAGGGACAUUACCCCUUAAAAAGCAAAAAUUUUGUUCUGAAGCUUGCAGAGCUAGCAUUUCGUCAGCAGGAAAAAGGCAAACAGAUUUUCUACGAGGCUGACCUGAAAGAGUGUGGCAUGGAUGAAGAUGAGGCGACCACCUACUCAGGAGUUUGCACAGAGGUCUUCAUAAUGGAAGGAAAGGGGAGACGAAAAGUGUUUAGCUUCGUACAUUUGACCAUCCAGGAGUUUCUGGCAGCUCUGUUUGCCCACCACUCAUACAUGGUCAAAAAAGACAACGUUUUUCUGGGUAAGAUGAGAAGGAUGUCCACAAAAUUGGCUCCAAAGUCCACAUUCGAUUUCCACAAGACCGCAAUUGAAAAAGCCUUGGACAGCCCAGACGGCCACUGGGAUCUCUUCCUUCGCUUCCUUCUGGGACUGUCACUGAAGUCGAACCAGGAGCUCCUCUGUAGAGUACUGAACAAAGAUGCAGAAGGAGAGGAGGAUGUGGUGAGAACCAUCCAAUUUAUAAAGGAGAAGAUCAAUGAAGAACCUGAAUCCAAGCUCAACUUGUUUCACUGUCUCAGUGAGCUCAGAGAAGAAUCUCUUGUGCAGGAGAUUCAGAGCCUUCUAAGCUCUGGAAGACUUCCAACUAAAAAGCUGUCUCCAGUCCAGUGGUCUGCUCUUACUUUUGAGCUGAUGACAUCAGAGGCAGUCGAGGAGGGGUUUGACCUGAAGAAGUAUAUCAGAUCAGAGGAGGGAGUAGUGAAGCUGCUGAAUGUUAUCACCUCCUCCUCGUGUGCUCUGCUAAAUCGCUGUAAUCUCACUGAAAACUGCUGUGAAUUGCUGGUCUCCGCACUGAGCUCGCCGUCCUCUCAUCUAACAGCUUUGGACCUGAGUGAAAACAAUCUGAAGAAUUCAGGAGUGAAGCUUCUUGCUGCUGGCUUAUGUAACCCACACUGCAAACUGAAGAGUCUAAGAUUACAUAAAUGUAACCUAAAUGGAGGCUGUGGUGAGGCACUGGCUGUAGCUGUCAGCACAGAUUCAACACGGCUAACAAACCUGGACCUGAGUGCUAAUGACUUCCAGGAAGCAGGACUGAAGGCUCUGAGUGUGGGACUGGGUAGCCUCCACUGCAAAGUGGAAACGUUGAGGUUGGAUCAAUGCAAGCUAGGUGAGAACUGUUGUGCAGAUUUGGCUUCAGUCUUAAAGUCUGGCUCAAGUAAACUGAAGAUUGUUGACCUGAGUAACAACAACUUGAAGGAUUCUGGUGUAUCGCUGCUUUCAGCUGGACUGAAGAGUCCACUCUGUAAACUGGAAUCACUCAAACUCAGCUGGUGUGGUGUGACAGAGAAAUCCUGCCUUGCCAUUGGCUCUGCUCUCACCUCUGAAUCUGAAUCUCCUAAACUCAAAAAACUGGACCUGAGUGGAAACAACCUGCAAGGUCCAGGCUUUGAACAGCUUUGCUCUGGACUCAAAAGUCAGCACUGUCAGCUGGAGACAUUAAGACUAAAUGAAUGCAAUCUCCAGAAAUGCUGUGCUGAUUUUGCCUCAGUCCUGAGCUCUGAAAGCUCACACCUAAAGGAGCUUGAUCUGAGUGGGAAUGACCUACAGGACUUGGAACUGGAGCUGCUUUCUGCUGGAUUGGCAAAUUUAAACUGUAAACUGGAGAGAUUAAGGCUGUCAUUUUGUGGAGUCACUAAGCAGGGCUGCAUUCACUUGGCUUCAGCAUUGAGCUCCAACCCUUCCUACUUGAAGCUGUUGGAUCUGAGCUACAACUACCUGCAAGAUGCUGGAGAGAACCUGAUCUCUGCUCAUUUGGACAGUCCUCUCUGUAAACUAGAACAGCUCAGUGUAGAACAUAAUGCAGAGUGCAACUUGAGAUCAAGGCUGAAAAACCAUGCAUGUUCGCUGUCAUUCGAUGCAAACACAGCUGCCACGUCGCUUUUUCUGCACGACGGGGGGAAGCAGGUGACGUGGGUCAGAGAGACACAGCAGUACCCCAACCAUCCCGAGAGGUUUGAAAGUGUCUCCCAGGUGCUCUGCUGCCAAGCCCUCACCCAGCGCCACUACUGGGAGGUGGAAUGGCAAGGGCGCUGGGUGGACAUCGGUGUCGCUAUGAGGGGAAUAUCUCGCAGGGCCGGUUCUCAUGUCUGUGGGUUUGGCUACACUGACCAGUCCUGGAGUCUGUAUUGCUCUGGGGAUCGCUACAUGGCUCAGCACAAUAACCAGAGUAAGGAUAUCACUGCAACUUCACCUUGCUUCCACAAGGUUAGAGUCUAUCUGGACUGGCCAGGUGGCACCCUAUCCUUCUUUAGUGUGUCCCCCUGGAGCCUCACACACCUUUAUACAUUCUAUAACAACUUCACAGAGCCUCUGUACCCUGGCUUUGGGAUGGAAGAGAAUGACUGCUCAGUUAUUAUUUGUACUGUGGCCCCUUCUGAUUCAAAUCAUUUAGAAAUACUUGCUGAUUUCUGAGGAAAACUUAACAUGGAUAAUAAAUGUAGAUAAAGCAACAUAAGAACCUGUAAAGUAGCCCCUUUGCUUUAUUUUGCACGUUCCCUGCCAACUUCAAGUCUUUUAAUACCUUGAAAAUUUCCAUGGAAAAGGCCUUCCCAUAAAUGCAGAGCAAUGUUGGCUGCUUUUCCUUCACUGUCCAGUCUAACAAUGCAAUGUUCAGGCCUUCUUGUCUGUUUCUUAGUAAAAUACAUUAUACGCUUUAUGUCAUUAUUCCAGUAAAAAGUAUGGGCACAGACAUCUCCACUAAUAAGGUAGCUUACAUAACAAAAUUCCUAAAAUACAUUUAAAAAAUUAAAUAAACUGUAUGGCUCAUUUUCUUUUUUUAAUUUAAGAGUCUUAAAUGAUGUGAAAUUAGAUUAAGUAUAUGUAUCUUGACAGGUUUAAAGUUAUCUCUCUGAAAAUGUAAGAUGGUAAAGCUUCUGUGGUUUUUAUCUGAUACUUCAUGAUUGUUUCUGAAAACUACUUUGGUUUAAAUAAAUCUUGCUUAUGUUCCAAAUGGUGUGGAGAAAUUAAAUAUCAAUUAGAGUCCCUUAUUAUAAUAUCUUAUAUAUCUUAUCUUAUUAUAACAUAUGGAAAAAAUAAAACAUUAUAAAUAAAUAAACAAAUAACAAAUAAUAACAAAUAAAACAUGAUUUAGAUGUUAAACCUGGUUAUUUAUAUUUUGGCAGUUUUAAAACAGUAUAGCUAAUUUUACUGUAUUUUACUGUAUACAAUAAAUAUCAAAGUUAAAAAGUAUAAGUGUCCAGAGAUAACUGUAAUUUCUGUAUUUUUUUUAUUAUACAUUGUUUUACUGUAUUUAUUAGAGCUGCUGGAAUAUGAGUCUUUUUAGUAUAAAAAGCAUCUUUAACAGCAGUGACUUGAAGUGAUUGUUUUCUAUAUAAUGUUAUGAGUCUCAUAUCACUGUGGAGGAAUUUUUGCCCACUUUUCUUCACAGUUGUGUCAGUUCAUUGAGAUAUGUGGUCAUUCACUCAAGCACAAUUCUCAAGAAUUUAUAAUAGCAUGGUAAGUCUGGAGCCAGAUGCAUUGUGGUGAGAAUUUUGGAAAUAAAGACAUU